UUAAGCCACAUGCACAAGACAAGAUGUUCAGAGAAGCUAGAGCCACGGGUCCCAGACGUGCCCACCCCAGCCAGGCCAACAGCACCUACAGGAUCCCCAAUGGCCCUGCCCUGCUCCUUCUUGGUGGCCCUGGUGGUGCUUAGCUGCCACUCCCUCGGCUCUCUGGGAUGUGACCUGCCUCAGUAUCACGGCCUGCUGCACUGGAGGACCCUGAUGCUCCUGCAACAAAUGAGGAGACUGUCUGCUAGCUCCUGUGAAAGGUACACAAACAACUUUGGCUUCCCCCAGGAGGUGUUUGAUGGCAAGGCGCUGCAGAAGGCUCAAGCCCUCUCUGUCGUCCAUGUGACGAACCAGAAGACCUUCCACCUCUUCUGCACAGAGGCCUCACCUGCUCCCUGGAACACGACCCUCCUGGAGGAAUUGUGCUCGGGACUUUCUGAGCACCUGGGCCACCUGGAAGCCUGUCCCCUGCAGGAGGCAGGGGUGGGAGAGCUGCCCCUGGUGAAUGGGGACUCCAUCCUGAGGAACUACUUCCAGAGAAUCUCCCUCUAUCUGCAAGAGAAGCAAUACAGCCCUUGUGCCUGGGAGAUGGUCCGAGCAGAGAUCAUGAAACCCUUGUAUGCAUCAACAGCCUUGCAUAAGAGACUAAGGAGUGGCAAGUGAGACCCGUUUCAACAUGGAAAUGAUUCCCUCUGACUAAUAACAUCACACAUUCCGGAGUCCUGCCAUCUCAGAGACUCUCAUUUCUGUGGUUGUGAAGACAUGAACACAGUCAAUUUGUCAAGAGUUUUCAGGAUAUGUCAACUCUACAAGCUGUA